UAAAAUACAAUAAAUAAUUUAUUAUUACUUCAAACCAGGUUUUAAGAUAAGGUGUUGUUCAAAUUAAAAUUUUUUACAUUACUGAAUCACUAGAAGCAUCACAGAUAGUUUGAUUAGAAAAGUUCAGAAGUGCAAUGUCAUGAGUCUGUGUGGAAAAACCAGUCAGACUGGAACCAGAAACUUGUAAAUGCAGCUGUGCACCCUCUCCUGGUCAUUAAUUUCAUUAAUCCCUUUAAUAUUUGUCAGACCAAUGUACUGUCAAUGUAAUUGUAGAAUCUGGUAAUUACAGAUCCACCCUUCAGGGCUGUACUAUAUGUACAGAUUGGUACACAGUCCAUUAUCUUCUGGAUUAGCAUUUGUUUGAAGGACUAAACUAGUAUUACUCACAAUACUCUUAUCAGGUGUAAGUUUUUUGGACAUUUUUCAACUACGGGCUUAGUGCAUAUGCACACAUGUCCAGAAACAGUAGCAGGGAAUUACAAGAAGGGUUAUGGGAGACUGGGUUUUUGAAGCAAUUUUCCCAAAAAGCAACUGGACAAAAUCAAACUAGUGACAAUGAAAAGACCAAAAUAGCUGAAUGGCCUCCUCUCCUUUGUCACUUACGCAUAUGGAGAUACCUUACAUUUUGUUAAAAUAUUUACAGUGACAAAAAAAAAACACUGGAAGAAGUCGUACAGUAGUCUGUAAUUGUAAUUGAAGAAAGGUCCGAUUUAGUGUGAGCAAGAUUCUCCAGUGCUGAACUUUUGGAGGAAUUUCAGUUUCAGCAGCUGUGUAAUUCAAAACAUGCUGCCGCAUUGCUUUUUAACGUCUGCAAACUAUGUUGUCAGAAUGGACUCAACAUUUGCCGUCUGCAUUCCAGAAAGGCCUGUGACUGUGAUCUUUGAUCUCCUGAUUUUCUCCUGGUGGUAAAAAUCAAAAGUAGAACUACUGUAGCGAAAUGUGCAUAGUGGAGUAGAACUGAAUGGAAGAAAUGUUGCUUUUCCAACAUGGGUGUCCCUAAAAUAACAAAGCAAAGGUAUACAAGGUAGGACAGUAAAGAGAAAGUUGCAAUUUCUGUGGUGCUCAAAGAAAUGAGAAUUUGGAACACCUAAGCUUGAUAUUGGAUUUAGAAAAAAAAAGACUACUACUUAGUUUUUCGUUACACUCCUUCUCUCUCCUACUGUGUGUCAGUCUUGACUCUCUUCCGUUCUUGAGCUACAUGAGUGGAUAGUUCCUGUAACUGCCCAAUCUGGAAAAGCAAGAAAUUGUUCAGAUGAAAAAAAAAACCCAAACAAACAACAUUAACUGGAAUGGAAAAAUUCUGUUUUCUUGCUUUUGCUACAUGAAGCAGAAGCCACCUACUUCAGAAAUAACUCAAAGACAUCAAUUCAAUUCCCCAUUGUAGGUAAAGAGGCUAAAAGCUUUCAUAGUAAAAGCAAUUAUACAAUCAUAAAACAGCUGAAUAGGGGAUCAGCUGACCACACAAAAUAAAAGUAUAAUUACAUGUAAAUUAUAUUACAUUGUAAUACAUACAGAUCCAGCUUCUAGGCAUUAAGUGUCCACCUUAGAUGUAAAGCAUUAUAAACAGAAAAGAGCAAAGAGAGUUUUAGGUGAAGAGUAUGUGCUGUCUUGUUGAUUCGCCUUCAUUAGUCUUCUACCUGGGCUGUGCAGUAAGGACGUUAUCCUUCUGUGGUCGUCAUGCAGGGACUUGUUUCUACUCCCCGAGCUGCAGCCCAAGAUUAAUCCAAUUCUUGCUAGUCUUGUGUAGUAGGUUUGGGCAGAGACAGUUCAUUCAAACAGGAAUAAACAAGGGGGCAGAGGGAAGAAAACAGUAGAAAAUACACACAGAAAAACAUAUUUCUUGUUAAAGUUCCACUUAAAAGAGAGAAUUCAAUAAAUUCCUGUGAAACUUUUGAACCAUUUGAGUCAUUGUUGGCCGUGGAUUACUUCUAAACGUGCUAAUAACGUAGGUUUAAAGAAGGAACAAUUCUGGGAACACAAAAGGUAAAAUUCCGAUGCACUUCUCUUUAACACAUCCAUGUUAACCGUCUCGCUCUUUCCAAAACUCAAAACCGACUCAAAGCCAGUCAAACACCCACAUUACGUUGAUCCACUCAAAACAACAUUUCCUCACGGUACUGCAAGGGACUCCGGUUUACACAGAUUGGUCUGAAGAGUCCGCGUUCACUCGCGGAAAGGCACGCAAGCAUAAGAGUAAUCAUUUACCAAAGGUAGCAGACACUCCACUGAAUAAAAUAUACAGAAUCACUAAAGGACUGUUCGCAAUUAAUAACGAGAAUAAUAUGGAUUUGUCUGUAGAACGUGUGCACGAGUAUGCAUUUUGGAACAUUUUAUUUUUUUCGGAUAUAUAUUUAUUUCUCAAAGUAAAUAUGUGUGCUUAUUUGUACAUGUGUAUUAUUCAGUUUCCAUGCACAUCUUUAAAUAUAUGUAUUGAACCCAUAAAAUAACGUAGUAUUUUUAAUGUUAAAUGUUAAAGCAGUUACGGACUACUGUGCUUCAGAAUCGAUUCCUGCCAAGUCGCACACUUUACAACGUUGAUUUCACAACAGUGUAAGGUACUGUAAGUUUCACCAUAAUGUAGUCCUCUGAAUGUUGCUUCAAAGGACUAGUGACGUUCUAAGGUAAUGACUUUAUUGGUAAUGCACAUAGCAGCGCUAUUACAAAUCGAAAUCGUUUUAUCCAGAGGAUGUGACUAAGAUUUUUUUUGCAAUAUUCAAUCACAAUUCAGAUGAAUCUGAUGCAACUAUUUCAAAAAGCAAAUAUUUAAACGUGUUCAACAAGCCGAUUGAAGACCCUGUGUCGUCAUUCAGCUAUGAAGAGGGACCGUAUAAAGUGAUUAUAAUUGUUCUCUAACAAUUUUUACAGGUGUGAAGAAAAAACUUGAGCAACAUUAUACCAUGUGAUCUAAGUUAUUUAAGAUCCGUGAAUGGCUUAAAAUACUUUGUCAGUGGUUUAAAGAGCACAACACUAGAUAACACUCAAAACAGUAAAAACAGAACUAGAAGUGAAAGAACAGAAGUCAGUUGUGUGAUUUUGAUAAAAGUGGUUGAAAAUAAAAGCAGUGUGACAGUAUCCAACGUGUUUGUAGCAGACAUCUGUUGCUAUUGACUCCAAUUAGGUUCAGGUCAGGACAUUUCAGUUCGACGGCAUUAAUCGGCUGGCAUUAAAGGCACUGCCAUUAAACAGGUUAAAAAAGAUUAAUACCCAGGUGAUAUAAACACUGAAAAAACAAGAGUUCACUUGAAAUGUGCAUUUUAUCCAGUGUGGCUCCGCAAAAAAAGAAAGAACACUAAAUCGCACUAGAAAUAUCUGCCGUGUGUGCGGUUUGUAAACCCUUGGCACGCUAAAGGCGAAAACCAUAUUAGCACCCCGACUUCUGAACACCAACAAUUUAUUAUACAACAACCGGACUUUAUUUUUAUAAGUUCCUGUAACAGACAACGUCUGUUUUAAGGCACGGCAGUGGGCUUUCUCGUCGCUGAAAGAGAAAUGGAUUAAUAAAGGUUAUAUUUAGAUCUGCACCGCAUUGUGCCAGCCCACCCCGCUCCUCGCAGGCAUGAUCAGCCGCUACCUGCGCGCCGUGGACACCCUUUUUGUUUGGCCGUGACGUCAGCCGUCACCACCGCCCUGCAGUGUCUGUGAUUUCUGCUGAUGGAGAAGGGAGCAGCGGCCUUCGUUGCAAUGGAGCUGGAUCUGUUCGGCAGAUUCCUGGUCUGAGACGACGAAAGCUUGGAAAAAGAAGCGGCCGAAGCCUCAGGAAACAUGAUCUUCCGAUGCCCGGAUUGCAGCCGGAGUUUUUUUCGGGGGAAGGGGCACUUCUGCGUCUCCUGUGGGCUUUCGGGGGGCUUUCCUGCAGGCAGAGGCUAGAGUGCAGAGCGCCGGCGCUGGGAGACAUUGGAAGCAAUUACUCUCUGGGAAAACGGCAAAGUAGCAGCUAGCAAAAGUUUCUUCAUUUCACUGCGAAAGGGGGAAUUCCUUGCCUGCAACCUGAAAUCGCCGGGAAUGUAUUCGGUGGGGUGGAGCUGCGGUUUAUUUAAUUAUACAUGAGCCGUGUGAAGAUCGGGAAAGCAGUGUGGGGACGAAGUUCAUUCCCCCCCCCCCACCGGGUUUGGAUUUUUUUGGUUUUCAGCAUGGUUUUCCGUCAUGGGUCGGCGAUUUGUGAUUCAAUUUUAAGUCCUUUUUUGAGUCAACUGGAAUGAACAAACCGAAGAUGGCACCGAAGAAUAUAAAUGACAUUCGGUAAAAGGAGGGGACGGCAUUAGCUUUUAACUGAGGUAAUUACAGUGGGGUUGUAUUUGUACAUAUUGUUAUCUUAGGAUCUAGAAACAGUGGCGUCCAGAAGAGGAUUGACGCUGCCUACUGUAGUGCUAAAGUAAAGGUGAAGUGAAUGGGACCUUAAACUCUUCUUGACUGGCGUAGACAUGAGUGCAAACUGAAAAGGGAAUAUUUAUUCCGACCUGGCACAAGCUCAGGGCAUUUAAAAAUGGCCAUAAUAACAGCUCUCGUGAUCGAUAAUAUAAGUUCGUGGAGUUCCCAUUGCCAUCAGCGUGGAUGAGCUCAAAUCGGACGCAAUGGCACUCUGAAAGUCUCCCCAGCCAGUUUCAGUGAGCCUUACCGAACCUGUUUCUUCUUUUUUUUUUAAAAAAAAAAGGAUAGAUACACGGGCAUGCCCUUAGAGACGCGGUACGAUGUCUAAAGCGGCGACAAAAGAGAAGAAAUCCUUCAGCAAGAAGCUGUUCCGCCGGGGCUCGGUGCGGUCCGUGGGGAGUUUCAUGAGCAGGGUCCUCAAGACCCUGUCCACCCUGUCCCACUUCGGCACCGAUGAGCACCCGGUGGAGGACGAGAAAGACGACGGGGGCUUCGCGACCUUUAAGUCGGGGGGCAAGAGCUCCACCCAGUCGGACGAGAGCGACUGCGGCGGGUUCCUUAUCGGAGACAGGGUCCCCGGGGUGGCGGGGCUGAAAAACCACGGGAACACCUGCUUCAUGAACGCCGUGCUGCAGUGCCUGAGCAACACGGAGCUGUUCGCGGAGUACCUGGCUCUGGAGCAGUACCGUGGGGACGAGGACGCCGACGACCAGCCGAAGGCCAACAGCGUCCUGCUCCAGAAAAAGGGCCCUCAGGAGAGAGGGGAGGUCACGGAGCAGCUGUCCGGACUGGUCAGGGCGCUGUGGACCUUCGAGUACACCCCGCAGCAUAGCCGGGACUUUAAGAAUGUGGUGUCGAAGAAUGCUCUGCAGUACAGGGGGAAUGCUCAGCACGAUGCCCAGGAGUUCCUCUUGUGGCUGCUGGACAGGGUGCAUGAAGACCUGAACAACAUCGUAAACCCCAGCACCAGGUCCUCCAUCAAGCCUCCGUUAGAGGAUGACGACGCCGCCCCUGAGGGCCCAUCUCUGCCUCUGGCCGGUUCUUUUAUCCAGGAGCUGUUUCAAGCCCAGUACAGAUCUUCGCUAACCUGCCCUCAUUGCCAGAAGCAGAGCAACACGUUCGACCCCUUCCUCUGCAUCUCCCUGCCCAUCCCCUUGCCUCACACUCGGCCUCUGUAUGUCACUGUAGUUUACCAAGGAAAGUGUUCCCACUGUAUGAGAAUCGGUGUGGCCGUGCCUCUGUCCAGCACGGUCUCUAGACUGCGAGAGGCUGUUUCACGUGAAACCAAGAUCCCCACUGACCAGAUUGUUCUGACAGAGAUGUACUAUGAUGGAUUUCAUCGCUCAUUUUGCGACGACGAUGACGAUCUUGAGAUUAUCCAAGAAAGUGAUUCCAUAUUCGCAUUUGAAACCCCUGAAAUCUUUAGACCAGAAACCAUUCUUUCUCAAAGAGGCCUACAUGGAAAUUUAAACCAGAACAACUUGAAGUUUGGCACCGACAACAGCAGAACGUCUUCAUUCAUGCAAGGAGCAGUGAAGCCGGUCUUACCAUCCAAUAAGAAUGCCAGCAGUGACAAGAUCAUCCUGCUGGUCUGCAACAGAGCGUGCACAGGACACCAGGGCAGAAGGUUUGGCCAUCCUUUUGUACUCUAUCUGGAGCGAACCGUGACCUGGGAUGUCCUCCAGAAAGAAAUUUUGGAAAAGAUGCGACACUUGUUAAGGCCAGGAGUGUACAUUCAGGUUGGUCCUUUUAGCCUGCGUGUGGUUGGUGUGGUCGGGAUUACAUAUCUUCUACCUCAAGAGGAGCAGCCUCUGUGUCACCCUACUGUGGAAAGGGCGUACAAAUCCUGUGGACAAGGGGGACCUCCACACAUCAAGAUAGUUGUGGAAUGGGACAAGGAGACCAAGGAUUAUCUGUUUGGACACACGGAAGACGAGUACAUCCCUCUAGCUCCUGAUGACGCCUGGCGGUGCCCUCACUGUAAACAGCUUCAGCAAGGCAGCAUCAAGCUGUCUCUCUGGACCCUCCCCGACGUCCUCAUCAUACACCUGAAGAGGUUCAGACAGGAAGGUGACAGGCGGAUGAAGAUGCAGAACAUGGUGAAGUUUCCCCUGAUGGGUUUGGACAUGACGCCCCAUGUGGUGAAGAGGAGUCAGAGCAGCUGGAGUUUGCCUUCCCACUGGUCUCCUUGGCGUCGGCCAUAUGGACUUGGGAGGGAUCCUGAAGACUACCUGUAUGACCUGUAUGCUGUGUGCAAUCACCAUGGAACCAUGCAUGGGGGCCACUACACAGCCUAUUGUAAGAAUUCAGUAGAUGGACAGUGGUACUGUUUUGAUGACAGCGAUGUUCAGCCCAUAUCUGAAGACGAAGUCUGCAAACAGACAGCUUACAUUCUGUUUUAUCAGAGGAGGACCACAAUUCCAUCUUGGUCUGCUAAUAGCUCAGUUGCUGGCUCCACCAGCUCUUCUCUGUGCGAGCACUGGGUCAAUAGGCUUUCAGGCAGCAAGCAGCCCAGCGUGGCCUCGGCUGCGUCCUCAAGGCGCACGUCCCUUGCGUCUCUGUCCGAGUCGGUGGAGUUCACUGGGGACCGCAGCGAAGAUGAUGGAGGAUUCUCAACUCGGCCCUUUGUAAGAAGUGUCCAACGGCAGAGUUUAUCUUCCAGAUCAUCCAUUGCCAGCCCCCUGGCUGUGAUCGAAAAUGGGAUAAAGCCCUCCUGGUCCCUCUCGGCUAAACUGCAGAGAAGAUCCAAUUCUCCCUCGCAUUUCUCCUUAGAUUCACACUCCUCUCCUACUUUAGAAAGGAUAGGUGAGGCGUCCGAUGACAAAGUAUCGACGUCCUGUUUUGGAAGCUACAGCAAACACGAACACAAGCCAAGCGGAAAAGCUCCCCUGGCGGUAAUGGAGGGCGUAACAAGUGAUGAAAACGGUCACAAGAGGUCCGUGGUGAGUCUGGAGGAGCCGUACUGCAAAAUCCCAGGCCAGACGGAAAAGAGGAGCUCUAAAGCUGAGUCCACCGACAAUAACAACCAGAUCUCCUCUGCUGACCAGGGCGGCUUUGGCUGCAGCUCUUCGACGAAGGACGUUAAGAACAGGAGUGGCUCUGGAGCGUCGGCGCAGAAGCUCGAGAGCAUGGCGACAAAGAGGAGCUCCACAAAGGCAGUCUUGGAGCCGGAGAAGAGCUCCAAGAAAAGGCAAACCAUCUCGUCUGCUCACGAGCCUCCUGCCUCUCAGGUUACCUCUAGCCCUCAGGUUAAGAGCUCCUCAAAGGCGUCCAGCUCAAAGGAGAAGGUCAGCUCUACCAAGCCUGGAAGCAGCAAAAUGUCCUCAUCCACAACGCAGCCCAAGAAGGAACCAUCUCAAGCUCAGGAGGGGACUCUUUCAGGAGCGGCUCAACAGAAGCAAAGGAUAUCCUCCACACCACAGUCCUCUACCUCUCCCUCUCCAACCGGGAGGAAGACCUCCACAGGGAUAGAGAGGAGCUCGUCCAGCGGGAAGAGCAAGCUGGCCGAGAAGAGCGUGAGCAGGGAGUCCACUCGGACCAGCCCACUCACGGACAAGCCCGCUGGAUCUGCCCCCUCCAGAACCGGCACCCCUGCCAGGUCACCUCUGCCCAAAACAAGCGAGGGAGGCCGAGUGGAGGGACGGACGGUGAGGAGCUCCAGCAGUAGCUCCUCCGUGACCAGCCUGAGAUCUCCCAGUGUGUCUUCAAAGAUGGACCUCAGGCGAAACAGCAAGUCCGAAGACAAGGGGCUGUCCUUCUUCAAGUCGGCGCUGCGGCAAAAGGAGACGCGCAGGUCAGCUGAUUUUGGGAAGACCACGAUGCUGGCCAAGAAGGCCUCUGAGGGAACUUUGAGGUCGGGUAGCGGGAAUAAAGGCAGUGACACGGGGCCAACCGAGGGGACAGGUAAGCCUCUUCGGCAAGUGUCUCCUGAGCCUAAAACCAGCAAGACUGCUGUGAAAGACAAGGAGUCUUCUAAGACCUCCACCCCAGUCAAACGCUCAAUAUUAUCCACAGGCAAAUCUAAGUCUUCCACAUCCGAUAUAGGUGCUCAAUCUCCUGCAAAUGGGAAAAAGCCACUUGAAAAGACAUCCUCCUCCAGAAAGCUUUCUUCCAGCAUGCAAAAGUCUGCACGUUCCACACAGAAGCCUCAAUGAUAUUUGACCUAGCAGUUUUAGUUUCUUGUAAUGCAGCUACCUUUUUUUUUUGAUGUGCCUAAUAUAUUACAUAUAUUUUCCUUUUCUUAAAGAAAACUUACUGUAAAUUAAGCGCCUUUUACCCUGCCAUCGAACCAAAUAUUUGCCAUUAUUUUAAUGGCAAAGUGUGGUACAAAAGUCUACUACUGUACACAAAACUGAAUUGUUGUAUAGGAUUGUGUCUUAACAGAGCACUUUGUAUAUAUUGAAUUUAGUUGUUUUUUUGCAAGAGAAUGCUAUAUAAUGUACUGAAUGAUAUAUUUGAUUACAAAGUCAUUUUUAAACUCCUGUUACAGUAGCAUGCUUGGAUGAGGUAAGUUUUGGGGCCAGUUUCUAACAUUAGUAGGCGAGGGAAAUAUGUUUGUAUGAAGGUGUCACAUUUGUACAGUACAUUUUACAGUGCAAUCUAACUUACUGAGAAGUCACUUUUACUUUCUGAUAGGUGCAGUUUAAAGGGCAAUAUCUUACAGCUGUGUUUUUUAAAGAUGACACAUUAGUUAGAGGUUCAGCUAAUGACUAACAUGGGUCUCAAAUGUUAUUUCAUCCCAACUAAAAACAGUCCUCCCUGAAAACUGAAAAUAGCUCAUUUUCUCCAGAACCCCCCCCCCAAAAAAAAAAAAAAUGACACGGGAUAGUGCACAAACUGUUCAAAAUGAACUUCAGAUGGAGAGCCACUCAUUUGCACUGUGAUAUUACAUUUAAAAGGAGCAAGUAGGUCAAUUGUCAUUGUUAUUUAUGCCACCUAUUUGUUUAAGUGACCAAAUGUGCAGCUCAGUAUGUAAAUCUAAAUAGAGCUUUUAUUUUGUUUUUUUUUACAUUUAUUUUUUUUUGUUUUCAUACUACUUCAUAAAAUGUUGAAGUUAUGCAAGAGGAUUCUGUAUUGGAAUUACUCUAUGCUGAUUAAUUGUUAUUGUAAAGCUUUUAAACUGCCACUAUUACUUUUGCAUUUUACUCUUCACUUCAGCAGUCCUCUCCUUAUAUAGAGAAUGCUUUUUUACAAAAUUCACUCGUCAGCAGACAAAGCUAUGUAUAAAUCAAAAACACAACACUCCCGUCUGUCACAAAUUACAAAAAGAGUGCUUGAAAGUUUCCAUUUUGGUCAAAACAAAAACCUUUUAAAAUGCCAGCUUGGGUUAGAUGUUGGUUACUUUUGUGAUUAAUUUAGACUCUCAGUGUUUUUAUCUGCAAGUUUUUUUUCUCCAACUCCAUUUGUAAAUCUUCUCGUUCUGCACCUUGAUUUCAUGUUCUUAAGCCUGCUUAACAAGGAGGAUGGUAGAGUUUGAAAUUAUAUUCUUUAAAUACAUCACAUUCUUGCUGUGCUUUUAUUGCGAAGUUGAUUUUGCUUUGAAAGCUAUAAGCAGCUCCUAGUCUUCUGGGCAUUAUGUCAAUUGAUGUUAACUUGAAACUUGUUAAGGGACAGUUUUGCACCAAUACAAUACAAGGGCACAUGGUGAGGGCAGAUACAAGGAGAGCUCUCAUGUCCAGGCAUGGUUCUAGGAUAGAACCACUUAGUGCAGUGGCUCCCAAUCCUGGUCCUGGAGAAACACUGUCUCUUCUAAGAUUUUGCACGAGUCAUGUUCUUAAUCACAUGGUAACUGAUUUCCAUUUUUUUGUCUGGGGGUACUUUUAUGAAAUUGCUUUCAGCUCUUAGAAGAUCAAAUGACAGUUGUGAUAGGGUUGGUAUAAAUGCUAUACUGAUUUCUGAAUUUCUGAACUGCCCUCAUUCGGGCGUGUUGCCUGAAAAGUAACCCAUUGGAUCUCUGCAAAAGGAAAAAAAAAAACAUUCUUUGUAGGCAUGUCUGACGGUGUCACUCCCACAGUGAGAAUGUCACAUACAGUGUUUUUCCCACCUGUGUCAGUUCCUUUUUAACUGAUUAACCAGGAAUAAUAGCAAGCAGGUUGAGCAGAGGUAUAAAUCCAGUGUGCUGAGCUGUUGGAAACAGAACCCUUCAACCGGGGUAUUGAUGUUCCUGAAGACUGAUCAAAGAAAAAAGUUAAAUACAACUCUAAACCAGGAGGCAGAUCAAUUAAGUCAUCAAUGAGCCUUGGAGAUGUAGAUGGACUGAAAACCAGCAGACAUCAUGUUCCUCCUGGACCAGGGUUGGAAGCCACUGAUUUAGUGUGUAGGAAAACAAGGAGCACAGUGGCUAAAUGACCUGCCCUUGUCUUGGGCCGAUAUAGGUUCUUAUGAACCCUGCAUUCCAGAGUGUAGUCUCAGUUUACUAAUGUCACUAAUGUCCUUCUCUCUCUUUUUUCCAGAGAUAACACUUGGUUAUUUUUGUACCUGUGGUCUUAUCUGCCUUUUAAGGAAUUUGCAGAUUUAGCUUCAGUAAAGUGUUAACAGCAGUGAGCAAAUGUUAUCCUACAACACAAAAACAUUAGUAUAGAUAAGGUAUUAUGUAUAUUACUGUAACUUUGGACUUCAAAGCAAAACCAUUCAGAGCCUGAAUUUUUUAACUUACAUCAGUUUAAUAAAACACUAAAGCUUUCAGCAUUUUCUAAAUGUUACUAGUUUUAGCUUUUGGACACUAUGGUUCUCUUACAUUUAGUAUAAAGUGUUAUUUUGCUACGUUUUUGUACUACUUCUGGGAGUAUUGCCUUAAAAGUAUUGAUAUAGAUAACAUAUUUUAAUGUAAUAUUCUGUAUUUUAAUUAUUUUAAUCUGUACAGAAAAAAUGGUGAUACUCAUCUAAUCAAAAUUAUUUCCUAAUGUGUCUGUAUCCCUAAUUUUGUUUUGCAAUGACCCACCUCCUGUUCAUUCCUGUGAACUGUGUCAGGUGGGUGAGGUUUCUAUUCCUAUGUACCUGGUGCAUGCUGUGCCUGCUGCUGAUCUGUGAAUAAACAAGGUGGCUUUGCUAGGUAACGCAGAAAUGCACAGCAGCCUCUUGCUCCAUGUAAUGCCAGCUUCUUUCAGAGCAAGAAGCCAGUCCUUCUUUGCGUAAAACAUGUUGAACAGGGUUUUUUUUGGAAGAGUCUGACUUUCAAUUUCUCAGAUGGAUUUUACACUGACUGGCCAAAUUAUUGGGAACCCCUGUGUACUGCUAUGCCUUAUGCAGGGCUGAUGUUGGAAUGGGUGGAAAAGGACUACACCUGGCCUCCUCCUGUUGCUAAACUGUAGGCUGCCUGUUCUUUUGCACUUGGUGAGCCAAGGGUCACUUGUCCCUGUCCUGCAACUGGUCUUUCUAACCAUGUGGUUCCAUGCAGGUGGAUACUUUGUUUGAAACAGGGGUCGUCAUCUUGCACAGAUUUAGUCUUUUCCCUCCUAAUAUCAUUCGAUUACAAUUUUCCUAGUUAUCCUUAGCAGUGAUUACUCAACUCUGUCAUGUGACAGAUUUGCAUUGCCUGCUGAUAGGAUUAGCAGAACCCCUACAAGAGGGAGUGGAGUUCCCAAUAUUUUGGCAAGGGGUGUAGGUGAGAUCACCAGUGCUUCCGCUGAAAUGCUUGCAGACACUUUUUAUAGACUGGAAGCACUACGCGUGUCAUUAUAGCUCUCUUGCUCUGACAACUGGCAGUGCUAUACAUGUGGCUUCUUUCAUAAACUGCUCCCAAGUGUGCCUUGGUAUUAGAUGUUCCAAUGCUCCAUUUGUGCUUUCUUGUGUAUUCUCAUAGGCAACAGUAUUGCAGGUCUCCCAGCACUUUACUGAACUAUCGGUUAAUGAAGAGGGACUGGGCAGCUAAGGGAGUGUCUCUGUAACCCUGCAGCCAGAUAAACGACUCCCUCUGGACAGAGUUAGGGGAUGCAUGCUCCAGCCACACAUGAGCCCAGCAGAACUGUACUGAAGUGAUGAGAACAAGGUCUCAAAUGCACAGGGUAUAGGAAGAACUGCGAAACACCAGACUCUCAUGUGUGGAUGCAUUGACAUUAUUCUCUAAAGCAGACACUAUCCUAUACAUUCUGUAUCAAGUUCUGCUGCAGAUGGCAAUUUUUUGUUUUGGUUUCACUUGCAGUUUUAAAUAGUUCAGGGUCAGAAGAGAGCACUUUGUCCAAAAUCGUCCGAAAUUACACAUUCCAGAUGCUGAGAUCCAACAUACAGCAGUUAAAAUAUAAAAGUUGUAACCGAGGGACCUUAUUUUGUCUUUUAUGUUGUUGUCUUAAAAUGAAUCUGCAUCAAAUAUUUUAAUAAAUGUUCAAAGGAUUCUUUGCCUGUCUUUUCAGCGAAAACAAUUGUUAGGCAGUUAAGCCGGUUCAUCCUGCUGUGGCAUCAGCCCGCUAUGGCAGGGAAUUCCCCAUGUGGUGGCAUACAGGUGGGCCGAACGCCCUCAGGGCACAAGAGGUGGUCCUGUGCACUUGACCCACUCCUGCAAGCUUGCAGCAUUGCUAUAGAGAGAGGAGUCUUUCCUCUGGAUGAUGCUUUUCCUCCUUCUAGGUUGGCAGGGGCUCGCAUGCCACGUGAGUCCCGUGCAACUUGACCGUAGACAUCAAGAAAGCUCACGUCUCCACAGAGGGCAAGGGUAGUGAUGGUGGCCACUGCCCGAGGCGGCAGGUAAUGAGGGAGAAAGAUGAUGGAGGAGCCCCAGUUCUUAAGAAAAAAGCUAAUUUUGUCUUAGUUGUUCUGAUCACCAUGCACAAUUUGUCAGUGCAUUCAAAACCUGUACUCUUUCCUUUCAUUGCAGAAAAAAUAAUCCACUUAUCUCCUGUUUAUCUGGUCAGAAAAGAGUCAGAAAAGCAGACAGGACGCAAGCAGUGAUAGUUGAAUUUGCUGGAUGCCAGUGACACCCCACUUGGAAGGCUUAAGUAUCCAUUCAUUGUUAUCAUUCAUUGUAAGCACAGCCAAUUGUGAAGUAUUGCCCUUUGAACUGCAUUUUAACUGCUCUGCCACGCACUGUUCCUUAGUGAUUUCCUUUGGCAGUCUUGCACAAAGUGAGUUUUACAAAUCAUAGCCAUGAUCUACUUAGAAAUGUUUUUGGGUCGACAACAAUGCUGGAAUACAAAAAAAAAAAAAACAGAUCAGGGUUUAACAAGUUGAUAACCUCAGUGUUGCCAGUGGCCAACCAUUAAUAUGUUCCACAGGCGUUGCUGAAUUUAAGCCCCCCCUGACCCAAGAUGCCAGCUUACAACAUGUCGAUUUGCUGCAGGCCGGUCAUGCUGGUCAGAGAUCCCCAUCAUAAACUCCACGCGCUGCAAUGCCAUCUUUAAAGUUGCGUUCACACACGAAGACUGCUUUCGGCUCACAUCUCCAGAAAGUUAUUUGUAUUCCUGGAAGUAGGAAAUCUUUGCAGACCACUGUUUUGGGUUUGGCAUUUCAACAGCAGAGCUGUCCGCUUGGCACUGCACCGACUUCAACGCGGAACAAAUUCACGUGGGAGAAUUAAUGGAGGGGAAACUGCAUGUAGGCUGCUGUUGCAUGUACAGUACUUAACUAUGCAAGUGUCUGUUGCUAAUACUGGCUGCACUGAAUUAUGAAACUGCUAAUGUAGAAGUCUAGACUAUAUUUUUACUGUAUUUUUUUAAAAUCCAAGUGAGGGAGUGCAUGUAUAGCGCCUUUUUUUCUGUCUAAUGCUUUAUUUGCACAUUCUUGAAGGGAGACCUUUGCUGUAAGAUUGUCACGUGAGUCUGGGGGUAUUGCUAAUCUGCGUGCAAGCACAGGAAAAAAGAAUUCCUGGGAAAACAGUGUUAUUUCUUUUUUGUUUGCAAGAGAUAGGCUCAUUUUUAAUCCUUUUAUCGUGGAGGUUUUCCUUGCAUUUUUAAUCCUGUAAUAAUGCAUACAUAUCGGGAUUUCUUUUACUGAUUGAUCUCUUGUACAAAACCAUGACCACUACCCACUAAAACCGGCAGCCUGCGGAGCAUUAGAGCAGCCCUUUGCUGUCUGAAUGAUUAACACUUUCACCACAUCGACAUCGACAUCCUCUUGAUUUUAGAAUCAAAAGUGUACUCCAUAUUUGAAACGCAAAACUUGGCACAUCGGGUCCACAUUAGUGUUUUCAGUGUUUCCUGUACAUCCGUGUAAUAUCUUCCCCUUGCGUCUCUGCUCCUGUGUUUACUGCACUCGACGUGUGAAAAGAUCAGACAGUAGCUUCCCGAUGAGCCCGGGGCGAGCUGGUAGGUGUCUGCGAUGAUCUUGUUCUCAGAAUGAAGCUCUGGGAGCAGCACGCGUGGAACCGUCUCGCAGCCUGCGCGAUCGGUGCGCUGUGAUGGCGUUGCACCUGCGUGUAGGCUUCAGAGCCGAUCAGUUCUGGUCAUUUUUAAGAAGUUAUUUGCUUUUUCAUGUGUUCUUGACGAGGGUUUGCAAAUGUUCUUUUUUCCCUAUGUACAAAUUGUAACCUUGAAAAUUGGAGGGUGUUUAAUAUCGAAAGGUGACUAUUGCCGAUUAGGUAAUUUGUUUUGCAAACUUUUUAAAAGAAAUUUGACCCAGACCUAAUUGAUAUCGUUUUCAAAGGAAAUGCUUUUUAUGUCAGUUUUUAGGGGUGAACACACUGGACUUUAAAUCCUGAGUUUUAAAUAAAGACAGUAGUACAUAAAAUGAUUUGGGUCACUUAUUUGUUGUAGUCUUUUUCUAGGUUAUAUUUUACUGUCAUUAAACCUGUACAGUAGUAGUACGAAAAAGCAGGUCUUCCACAAGGUUGUUUAAAAAUGCAUUAAUAUUACUAAUAAAAGUUAAAUAAAAAAUGUAAAUGUAAAUUUUAACUUAUUUUGGAGUAAAUGCAUGAGACUGUUAAUGCCUUUUUCAUUUUUUGUUAAUUUAUUCGUGUGUUUUAAUAACUGAAGAGUAUGCACUUUUAAUAUGCAAUUUUUUUAUUUUUGUUUUUUAUGUCUGAAAGAAUGCAUUUGUUUGGAAGAGAAAAAAAGUUUGUAUACAUGGUUUACCAAUGCAAGAAACAAUGAACAACACAAUAAAAUGCAGAACGUUGAUCUCUUCAUUUUA